GAAAAUAAUAUAAAGUCGAUAGCUUUACUGUAUAAUUAACAAAAAAACAGUUCGUUCUGAAAAAAAAAGAUUAGAUUUUCCUCUGUUUCGUUCUUCUCUCUGUUUUUGUUCUCUGUUUCGUAGUAUCAAUGGAGGUUGAAUCAACUAAAGAUCCGAACUUUUAAAACGGGUCAAAAAAACCCAAAACCCGGAUGGACACGGCACGACUUGUGGGUGACUACGAACUUGGCCCGAGACUCGGGUCUGGUUCCUUCGCUGUGGUGUGGCUAGCCAAGCAUCGAUCCUCUGGUUUAGAAGUCGCCAUCAAGGAGAUUGAUAAGAAGAAGCUUAGCCCUAAAGUCAGAGACAAUCUCCUCAAGGAGAUUUCUAUUCUCAGCACUAUUGAUCAUCCCAACAUCAUCAGAUUCUAUGAAGCUAUUGAGACUGGAGAUAGGAUAUUUCUUGUGUUGGAGUAUUGUAGUGGAGGUGAUCUUGCUGAUUAUAUCAAUGUCCAUGGCAAAGUCUCAGAAGCUGUUGCUAAGCAUUUUAUGAGGCAAUUGGCUUUAGGUUUGCAAGUACUUCAAGAGAAGCAUUGUAUCCACAGAGAUUUAAAGCCUCAGAAUUUACUUUUAUCGUCCAAGGAAGUUACUCCAUUGCUAAAGAUAGGAGAUUUUGGGUUUGCAAGGUCUUUAACUCCUGAGAGCAUGGCUGAAACAUUCUGUGGUUCUCCUUUGUAUAUGGCUCCAGAGAUUAUCCGGAACCAAAAAUAUGAUGCUAAGGCUGACUUGUGGAGUGCUGGUGCGAUUUUGUUUCAACUUGUAACUGGGAAGCCACCUUUUGAUGGGACUAAUCACAUCCAGCUAUUUCAAAAUAUUGUGAGAGACACUGAGCUGAAGUUUCCUGGAGAUGCUUUGAAUGAGAUUCAUCCUGAUUGUGUUGAUCUCUGCAGAAGUCUUCUACGCCGAGACCCAAUUGAACGCUUGACGUUUCGAGAGUUCUUCAGCCACAGGUUCCUUCACGAGCCAAGACAAAUGCAUGGUAUUACACAUUUUGAUGCUGAUACUUCUAGGGGGAAAUCAUCUUUGUCUUAUGCACAACAAAGUAGUACAAACAGAUUCAAAUCAAGUUCAGAGAAUGUCUACAAACAUGAGAGUUCCUCUAGUGCCUCAACUUCCAACAUUUUGAUGCAGCAACAUGUCUCUUGUGAGAAGACCAAUGAGGGACAAUCCUCAUCAAACCAACUUGGAGUACUUGACUCGCUUGAGCUCAUAGAGAGGGAAUAUGUACUUGUAAACCGUCCUUCUGAAGGUUCUUCAGAUUAUUUCGACACAUCACUUGAAGCACAGAGACCAUUACCUGACGUGUCAGCACCACGACCAGCAAGUGGAUCAUACCUGUUGACAGAAGUCCAACGGUUAACGAUCGUUCAUCCUCCAACCAAGCUCCAACUCUUGCAACAGUAUGCAGAGGCACUUACAGAAGUAGCUAACGAGAUGGACAAUGCAGGACAAGUGAAGGAAUCUUUUGCUGUUACCCUCGUCGUUUUAGCUGCAUGGAGGAAAGCUUUAGAGAUAUGUGAUUCUUGGAUGGUGUCCGUUGGAGAGGAUAGAGUGAACACAACAACUCCAGAGACUUCAAAUCCAGAUUUAAAUUCACCAGAAGUAGCUAAAACUUGGGUGACACAAGAGUUUGUUACUGCGUUUAACCAGGCUGAGACUUCAUCAACUCAACUAAACCAAACAAGCGCUGCAACUCAUAUGCCUGAUGCCAUGGAAACAAUAUACGAGAAGGCAUUAGCAUACGGCAAGAGUGGUGGGGCAGAAGAAUAUUUGAAUAACAAGGAAAGUGCAGCAAGAUUAUACAAGAAAGCGAUUCUGCUACUCUCCUUUAUAAUAGAGGAAGCAGUGACUCUACCUCUGUCCCCUCCUUUCUCAUUAACCCCUGACGACAAAAAGAGGAUUCUCUACUACAUCUCUAACUUGCAGCAUCGUCGGUCUCAUCUUUAGUGAAAAAAUCGACUGCUACAUUGUACAGAAAAAAAACUUUCUAAGCUUGGCUCAGCCUUGAAUCACGUUUAUAACAUUUGGUAUUUUCUUAUUUCUUGAAAUUUCAAAAUGGUUACUCUAGAUUUAUGAUGUUGUGACUAAAAGUAUUCGACUCCACCCAUUGUAUAGUAUACUAUCAAAAGCUUUAAAAAAAAUUGCUAGC